AUGACAACCAUCAAGCUUCUCACCUUCAAUGCCUGGGGGCUCCGGCUCAUCAGCAAGUUCCGCAACGAGCGGUUGAAAGCCCUUGGUGACAUUCUCGCCGACCCCAUCUCCGACGACGAAGACUACGACAUCGUCGCCCUCCAGGAGGUGUGGACCGAGGAGGACUGGGCGUACAUCGACAACAUGUGCAAGCAGAGAUACCCCUAUCGUCGUCACUUUAAGCUGGGGAUCAUCGCUGGCCCGGGGUUGGCGUUACUCUCAAAGAUACCCAUUGAAGAGACCUUUUUAUACCGUUUCCCUAUUAAUGGUCGACCUCUGGCGGUGUUCAGAGGCGACUGGUACGUGGGUAAAUCAAUUGCCGUCACCUUACUCAAGCCUGUGACCCCCAAUUCCACUCCCAUCGCUCUUUUGAACUCACACAUGCAUGCCCCCUAUUCGCUUGAAGGCGACGCUCUGUACUCGUGUCAUCGUGCCUGCCAGGCCUGGGAUUUCGCCAAAUACGUCCGCAUGCUCAGAAAAGCCGGUUACGCCGUGAUUCAGGUGGGGGACUUGAAUUCUCAACCUGGCACUUUACCGCAUCGUCUUUUCACUGUUGAAGGUGGUCUUGACGACCUGUGGGAACUCUGUCAUCCGGAAAAGUACUCUCGGAGCGAUAUUGCCACCAUGACUCCCAUUGACCAGAUCCGCAAGGCAGGUAUAACCUGUGACUCGGUGUUGAACACCUGGCGAAUCAAUCGCCCCAUCGAAGACGCUUGUCGUCUUGAUUAUGCGUUUGUUGAUUCGAGCUACAUCACCCCCAUCCGGGCCGAGGUCCGCUUUAUCGAUCCUAUCCCCGAACUCAAUUGCUCGUUAUCGGAUCACUUUGCUUACUUUGUCGAGCUUGAUAUCGCUGAUUAUGAUGCCAACGUGGUGAGGCGAGUAAGAAGCGAUUCGUAUGGCGCCGCUCGUGCCAUUCGAGCUCGAAAAGGCAGCAGCGCAUCCAAUACCUUCCCGUCAACCUCCACGACAAAGGACGACGAGUUCAGAGAUUUGAAAGCCCGUGUGCUUGUAUAUCGCGACUUAUUGACGGAGAUUUCCAAGUACCGGCGUUACACUAUCCCAUACCAACUGCUGUGGCGUAAACACCACUUUUUCUCGCUGAUAGCGAUUGUCGUCGGACUCCAUUUUGUGGUGACGCUUUCAGCGGUGAGAAGCGACCCCAUUGCCGCCGGCUUCACCAUGCUUGUGUCAUUGUUAGUGGGUGUUCUGGGGAUUAUAAACGGUCUCAUUUGGGGGUUGGGCAUUCGUGCUGAGCUGAGAGCAUUGCAAGAGGUCCAGCAACAGGUGAAAGAUAAGGUAAACGCGAUUAAAGACGAGGUUAAUGAGUUUUUGGAUUGGCCCACGGGGGAGAUUGAUGAUUAA